AUGUGGGGUGAUGAUGAUUAUGAAUACAACGGAGGACGUUUUGCGUCUCGUCCUAACUCGACAGAUGACCGUGGGAGGGGUAGACGAAGAGGAUUUCGAAGGGGUGGGACCAGAGGACAAGGCAGAGGACAAGGCAGAGGAGGUGCUACGGGUGGAGAUAACGUCAUGUGGAGAAGAGAGAACAGGAGGGAAGGAAGUCGUGAUAGAGGAGACGCUAUGAUGGCUGACAGAGAAGGAAGGGACACAGAAGGAGCGAGAGGAAGGGGACAUGAUGGAGAGAGGGGAGGUGGAAGGAAAGUUGGAGGCGAAAGAGGCGGUAACAGAGGAGGCCCAUUCCGCCAGCGCUACAACGACAGGCAACAAGACGGACAGCAAGGCGUUCUGGCAAGAGGCCGCGGUCAAAGAGGAGGCCACAUGGAUCAGGACGUAGGUAGAUCAACAAGAGAGGGCUAUCGGACACAGGAAAAUACUAGAUAUGGACAGACCCAAGGCAAAUACCAGAAGAACCAAGGUAACUUUAGACCACUAAGUUCCAGACUUCUUAUCGAAAUACUUGAUAAAGACCCUUCCGAGGCCGCUACAGAACUUGGGUCCCUGACAGGAAACCUUCAAGCCGGUCUCAAUGAAGACUCGAUGGAUGAGGUACGACAACAUCUCAUUUGGAAGGCUCUAGCAUUUAUUUGCGGAGCUCUAGGUGCAGAACAAACAGUGAUCAUGCUCCUGACAAUGACACUGGACUCCAAACUCUGUCGUCAGCAUUUGCUCACGGUUUUGACCAAUCUCAGGCGUCCAGGAGAGAAUAUCGGCGAAAGGCGAUUUAAUCUUUUGAAGAAUGUCAUCACUGUUUUCCACUCAGCCAUGCAAAGUUUGCCAAGCCGUGCUUCAGAUCUCAAAGUUGCAGUCACUCUCAUCUCCGAUGCUGUAGCAGACAUGGAUGAAGACGACAAACGUGACGACAUCAUGGAGUCCAUAAAGUCAUUGAGUAGUCACAUCGAGGACAUUGAAAAAGAAAGGGAAGGAAAAAGACAGAUGGACCGCAUUUCUAAGAACCCACCCCCUGACGACUUCCGCCAGCAAGACAUUCUUCCCACUGUCAAGGAAUUGCAACCCGGAUAUCAGCCGUUUCUCCGUCCUCAUCUGACGAGAGGUGUAUAUGCCGAUGCAGAUCACUACCUGGAUGUUCAGUUCAGACUCCUUAAGGAAGACUUCAUCUUUCCUCUUCGCAAUGGGAUAUCAGAGUACCUAACUUUCAAGAAGGCCAACCCUGACAGAAAGGCCAAAGUUCAGGAUGUGCGAAUCUACGAGGAAGUUCUCUACGAUGGAUCUGUCCGUGAUUUCUCCGGAAUUUCACAUUACAUGGCUUUCAAGAUGUUACCUCAUGUCCGAUGGCAUUCGACAAAACGACUCAUCUACGGAUCAUUGCUCAUCCUAUCAACGGAUGAUUUCAAGUCCUACAUAUUUGCUACAGUGGCCAAACGGGACGUAGAAGAUCUAGAAAAGGGGUUGGUAGCCAUAGCAUUGGUCGACCGAGAAGAUGCAUCAUGUCUACAGAAUAAGAGUUUUGUGAUGGCAGAGUCAUCUGUUUUCUUUGAAGCUUAUCGCCCAGUUCUCCUGGGUCUCCAGCGAAUGUCUGGCCCAUGCUUGCCGUUUUCCCGAUAUACCUUGAGCAUGUUUCAUGAUGUAAAGCCACCCAGGUAUCUUCAAGAUCGGAUGGUAACUGAAGACGGUGAAAUGUUCAUCAAUCCAUGUAGUAUUGAUAUCUCACCUCUGCUGAAGGGUACACGACGAUGCUCUCCGAUAAUCAACGUACUUGACGAUAGUGCUUGGCCCGAUAUUGACGCUAUACAGCUCGACCAAUCACAAUAUGAAGCUGCCAAGACAGCUUUCACCAAAGAAUUCUCUGUUAUACAGGGUCCACCAGGUACCGGCAAGACGUACAUAGGUCUGAAGAUCGUAGAGACUCUUCUUCUUAACAGAGAAGUCUGGUCAAGUGAAGAAAACCCUAGCCCAAUCUUACUUGUGUGCUACACAAAUCAUGCACUGGAUCAAUUUCUGGAGGGGAUCUUAACAUUCCAUCGCACUGGCAUCGUACGAGUUGGAAGCCGUAGCAAGAGUGAGCAGUUGCAGUCCUUCAACCUUAAUCGGAUGGUUGGUCAGAGGGGAAUACACGAUGAAGAGUACGUUCAACGAAGAGUUCGCCAUGUCAAGAAAGAAGUUGACGCUACAAAGAGACGUGUGGAGAGAACGCAAGCCAGAAUAGAGGGUGCAAAAAAUGGGAUCAUCAACGAGUACGAACUAGGCCCGUUCAUGUCAUGGCAGCAUUACAACAGCCUCAUGCGUCUUUCUCAUUUGAAACAGUUAAACUCCUGGCUCGUAGAGUGGCUUCUCAGUGAAUGUCAAUAUGACAGGGAUUGGAACCAGCAAGAGAAACAGGAUACACUAGAACAGAGGGAUAACCUGCAUGAAGAAAAGAUGGAGAAAGGUACAAAGAAUGAUCCUGUAGCGAUUGAGGCAACAGUCGAAGUAGAAUUUGAACGAGGUGCCAUCGAGUCUGAAAGAAUGAUUGAUGACGAAUUUGGUGAGGAAGAUUCCGAUGAAGAGGAAGACAAGGACUACCCUUUCCUAGGCUUUGACCUUCAUGAUCUGGACAAAGCAGAGAACGGUAUCUUGCGGAGGUUUAUCCAAUGCAAGAUGUCUGGCAAGGAUGUUCUCGAUCCACGUGCUCUUCGAUCAAAUAUGGAUGUUUGGCGUAUGCAUCCAAAUGACCGAUGGGCCCUCUACCAUAUUUGGUUGCAGAACUACCUUCAACAGUUGAAAGGAAAACUGCCAGCAUAUGACCUCAAAUUCAAGCAGCUUUGUGGUCAGCUAGAUGAGGCUAAAGACGUAGAGAAAUACCACGUCCUUCGACAGGCAACUAUAAUCGGUAUGACUACAACUGGAGCAGCUAAUCACCAGCAGGUUUUGCAGAGAGUCCGGCCAAAGAUCGUAGUAGUAGAGGAAGCAGCUGAGGUACUGGAGGCACACAUCAUCACGGCAUUAAAUGCAUCAUGUCAACAGCUCAUUCUCAUUGGAGAUCAUCAACAACUUCGUCCGAAACCGAACGUGUUCCUCCUGGCCAAGAAGUAUCAUCUGGACGUUUCAUUGUUUGAAAGACUUAUCAACAAUGAAUUUCCUUACUCACAGCUUGAGCUGCAACAUCGGAUGCGUAUCGAACUGUCGAAUCUGAUGAGAAGGCACUUCUACGACAACCUCCAAGACCAUGACACAGUGAAGCGAUACGAAAGUGUGAAAGCAGUUCAAAAGGAUAUCUUCUUUCUAGAUCACGCAGAACCAGAAGAUGAAAUGGAUGAUACACAGAGUCACUACAAUCUCCAUGAGGCCAGACUCGUAGUAGCGAUGUGUUACUACUUCCUACAGCAGGGGUAUGAACCUGAUAAGGUUACAAUCCUCACAGCUUAUACAGGUCAGCUACUGAAAAUCAAGCAAAUGAUGGAUCGUAGCAAGUUUGAGGGAGUCAAAGUUACCUCAAUAGACAACUACCAGGGAGAAGAGAAUGAUAUCAUUCUUUUGUCCUUUGUGAGGAGCAACAAUCAUGGGCGUAUUGGAUUCUUGGGGAUUUCAAACCGAGUCUGUGUCUCUUUGUCAAGAGCAAGGAAAGGGCUCUACUGCGUUGGAAACUUCACCCUCUUUGCAGAAAAGAGUGAGCUAUGGAAGGGAAUAGUAAAAGAUCUAGAAGCAAUGGGAUCAAUCGGAGAUUCCCUUACGCUGCAAUGUACCAAUCAUCCAGAAGAGAAGACAGCGGUGAAAACUGCCGAUGACUUCAAGAAGGUACCACUAGGAGGAUGUAGUAGAGACUGUGAUACCAGGCUAGACUGUGGACACGUUUGUCGAUUAAAGUGUCACCCAACGGAUCUUAAGCAUCUCGUGUACAAGUGCAAGGUUCCUUGCUCCAAGGUUAUCUGUGAGAGAAACCACAAAUGUCCAAUGUUCUGCUCAGAUCUAGAAAAUGAGUGUGAAGUCAUCAUCAACAAGGAACUGCAGUGUGGCCACAGAUGCAAGGAAAAUGUUGAGAAAACCUUGCCUUGCGGUCACAAAUUGAAGAUGAUUUGUUCGACCGAAGUAGAAACAGUAGAAUGCAAAGCAAGGUGCAGUAAAGAGCUUCCAUGUGGCCACAUUUGCAAGGAAAGGUGUGGGUUGGAUUGCACUGAGUACUGUACAGAGAUGAUCACCAGAGAUGACUGGCCAUGUGGUCAUAAGGUAACAGUUAAAUGCUGCGAAGAAAGCGACGCAUGCUACAUCGCCUGUGAGGAGAUCUUGAUAUGUGGGCACAAGUGCAAAGGGACCUGUGGAAAAUGCUCACAAGGUCGUUAUCACCACCCCUGCAUUAAGACAUGUAAGAAAAAGCUGGUGUGCGGACACGAAUGCGCCCUCACUUGCGGUGCACCAUGUCUUUCCUGUAAAAAGAAAUGUCCGCGGCGUUGUCGUCACUCGCAGUGCAAGCAUCCGUGCAGUGAGCCAUGUGAUGUUUGUACGUAUCGUUGCAACUGGAAAUGUGAGCAUCACGAUUGCAAGAGGUUGUGCUGCGAGCCUUGUAACAUACCCCCAUGCAACAAGCCCUGUUCAAAGAAACGGAAAUGCGGUCACCCUUGCAUCGGUCUGUGUGGUGAGACCUGCCCCAAUAAAUGUCGCAUCUGCGACAAAGAAGAUUUGGAGCAACGCUUCUUUGGGACUGAAGAUAUCCAGACAGCAAGGUAUAUUCAACUAGAAGACUGUGGCCAUUACUUUGAGGUAGAAGGGCUUGACAAGUUCCUUGGACUCGGCACAAAAUCCGACGGUGCAGAAAUAUUUACCAAAUUAUCGGUAAAAACCUGUCCUAGAUGCGAAAAACCCAUCCAGUUAUGUCGUCGCUACAGUAAUCUUCUGAGAGAAUCUUCAAGGAUUAAGCCGCGAAUCGUGGAAAAGCUACAGGAUGCUCGCAAUAGCAAUGAAGGCAAACACCUCCUCCUUAAAGUCAACUCAGCCGUCAUGUCGGCGAAAGAAACCAUUCGGCUUUUGUCACCACUAGCGUUGCUUAGAUACUGUCGACUAUCACGAAAAGGGUCAACGGUGAACCGGCCAUAUUUGAAAAAGCUUUAUGAACUACUCCGGGCAUCAAUAGAGGAACUGGCCAGACAUAGCAAGUCACCACCGAAUGAGCUCGUAGAUCAGCACGCGAACGACCUCUGGAAUGAGUUGGAUCGAGUGACAAUCAUGUGCGACUUGGCCAAAGUAGUGAGGGGCGGAGCAACAGAAACAACCGAAGUACCCAGACUUCUCAAAAUCCUGGGCCAGAAUAGGAAUAUGACAUUAGCACAUGUCCUCCUCAAUGGAAUUCGCAAUGCUAAUGGAAUCAGUCAUACUGGCAGUGACCUACCGACUUUCAAACGCACUCCACUUCUUUCUUUAGAAGUAUCCAUGUGGUUUACUUGUGCCAAAGGACAUCCUGUUUUCAAGCAACAGCUCAAGAAGGGCGCGUGCGAGGACUGCGUCUUGGCUGAGCAGGAGAGAGUCCGCUCCGAGGCUUCUGCAGCUGUAGGACAACCAGGUGACCAUAUACAGAAUGUGCCCAGUCAUCGACGUGUUGGUGGUCAGCAAGGCCAGCGGGGUAGGGGACGAGGACGUGGAAGAAGAGGUCGAGGUAGAAGGGGUGGUCGCAGAGGAGGACACCAAAGAAACUAUGUCCCGUUUUAUGCCUGA